AUGCGCCUACACUUAGUCACCUUUUUGGUGAUUUUGUUGUGUCGUGGCAUUUCAACAGAUGCGCCGAAUUCAACAACUUCGGAGCCUUCAACGACGCCAAAUGGUGUCACUUCUGCAUUGAAUGGACAAUCAACAUCAACAAGCAAGGCAGAUCUUCCAACUUCAACCGGUGACCAGCAAUCUAAAACUUCAAUUGUUACAACUGUUGCAGACACAACAAAUCCAUCAGUGACAACGCUAAAUCCUGGAACUGGCAGCACAAUCGUCCAAUCAUCAACAACAAAAACAACAACAACAACCGCCACUCAAGCGCCACAAACUGGUUCGACAGACGCACCAGCUAGUGCUGUAACUACGACGCAAAAUAUCCCAACAACAACAGUUGGAGUGACGACAGCAACAUGGAACAUCCCAUUGAAUAACACGGAUCCGACGGAUCUCCUUCGAGCGAUCGCAAAUCUUAACAACACUGUGUCGAUUCUGAAAGCGAAUCUCGACGAUCUUUACAAUGGUGUAAAUGUAAAUGGAUCAAACAACUAUAUCACUCAACUCAAAAAUCUCAACGCUACAAUUGCACAGUUGAACACAGAUGGUUUGCAGGCUCAAAUCAAUAAUACGAAAAACAUUUAUUCUGCAACACUGACAAAUAUUCAACCAUUGUUUGACACGCUGCAGUGCUUCAAGAACAGUCCUUGUGUGGUAGUGCCAAGUCCAAGUCCAAGUAUGUGCCCACCAAUUUUACUGAAUGCCACCUCCACCUCGCAGCAAUUCUCCUAUGCAAGUGGUCUCGAAUACAAUUGUAUGACAGAGCUAAAUUCAAGCGAUGGAGAUCCGAUCGUUUACACGUUGAAUUUGACAUUGACUGGCAAAGCUCAACUCAUCGUUCAAGACAUAGGUGGCAAUGUCCAAGCUAAUUAUACGACCAAUCAGAUCAACAAAACUGAAUCUUUGGACUGCUCGAGCUUUAUUUCAUUUAUUCAUUUACUCAAAAAGGAAGAUACAAUCUCUUUGAGUGUCAUUUAUAAUAUACGAGCAGAUUGCGGUAAUGGAACAUGUGUUGUGGUUGAUGGGAAACCGAUUUGCAAUUGUCUCGGAGUGUCAUUCUGGGGGCCAAAUGUCAAGAAUACCACAAGACCCUGUGUUGGAAGCCAAGUGACCGAAAGUGUCCAAGUACAAGUGGUAACUGUAACAGUUCAGUUGAAACCAAUGACGCAUGUGAUUGGCAGAAAGCCAAGGUUUCCAAGAAGGCUACAAAGCCUAAGGCUGCCAAGAAACCAAAGGCCAAAAAAAGCCAAGAAAUCACCAAAGAAGGCCGCUGCCCCAAAAGCUAAA